ACGUCCCCACCAUUUAAGACACAACCGUUAGCGGUUUGCAUUGGUGCAUUGCGCAUGGUCGUGUGCGUGAGUGUUUAAUUUUUAACGGAAAUCUGUUAUUAUAAUAAAAUUUUAUAGUUUUGUGUUAUGUCUUAUUCUCUUAGAAUUCCCUUUGGGCCUUAGGGAAUUUAUAAACUGUACUAUUCCACAAUCCGUUCACUGUUGUCGUUGCUACUCGUCCAUUGGUGUAUUUCAUAAUACAAAAUGGAUUGUCAAUCAACAGAUAUUUUUGAAAUUUAUAAGAUGUGUUCAUCGUUGAUAGAAAAUGGUAUUGCAGAAAUGGACAAUGGUUUUCAGGUUCAAACAUCAAGACUAGAUGCUGUUUACAACGAGUUAUUACAAUCUGCACAGAAUGUGUCUGAAAAGAAUACAUCUAAAAGACAAUCUAAAACAAAAAAUGGUAUGGUUGGAGAUCUCUUUGCUAAUGAACCAAGUUUUCAACAACCAGCUGUUCCGCCUAUUCGUAGAACUACACGACAGGCUUCUAUUAUUGCAUCAGAUAAAAUAAAAGGUGUUAGAGAAUCUUCAACUAUCAGCGGCUCUGGAGCAUCUACAAGAGCUAGUCGAGCAAGAGCUUUAUCUACAUUGAUGGAUAUAGCUCCUAUUGCUUGUCCAACAGCAAAUUCAACUUUCGUGGUAGACAAAAAAUGUAUGCAAAAUGUUGAAGAAUGUAUUUCUCCUGGAAUGUUUUCUCCAGAUAAUGGGACUCAUACGAAAAAAGCUAAUGCCAAUACAACUUAUGAUAUGCCUAAAAAAUCAUUAGCAAUUAAUCAAACAAAAAAAUUGGGAAAAAUUAUUGAUUUAAUACCAGAAGAAUCUCCCAUCAAUGUUGAAAAUUCUAACUCUACACAAAAUAAGACUUUAAAUAAAUGCAACUCAAAGAAAAAAAGUCUUGAAUCUCAAGUAAAGAACAAACGUCGUGAAAAAUUAGAAGAUAUUGAUGUCAAUAUUGAGGAAAAAUCAUCAGCACAUAUGACAAGAACAAUGAAAAGAAAACUCCAAGAAGAAAAUAAUAUUGAUGCAAAAAAAACUAAUGUACUAUAUGUGCCAUUAGAAAAACAAAUAUCAACUCCAGUAAAACCAGUAGAAGAUCAUUUAUCUCAAACUCCUCAUCAAAUCCGAGAAAAUGAAGCUGAAAAAAGGAAAGAAUUAUAUCUUAAAACCAAAGCAGAUCAAAGGAAAUUUGAUGAUCAACAUUUACGUGCUGCUAAACAUAGAGAAGAACAAAUGAGACGUGUCGAAGAAAAGGUUAAAAAAGCUGCUGAAGAAAAAAGGAAAAAAGAAGAAAAACAAAAGGAAAAAGAAAUAAUGAUGAAAGAGGAAGCAUUAAAAAAACAAAAACUAGCAGAGCUUAGAUUAGCUGAAAUUAAUGCUAAGCGUAAACUAGCUGAAGAAGCUAAACAUUUGAAAAUGCAAAAACUUGAGAUGAAUCGCAUGAUGAAAGAAAAUGAAUUAAAAAAGAAAAUUGAAACAAAACCAGAAAAAAGUAAAUCAGUAAUUCGUCCUAAAGCAUUAUCUUCAAAUAUACCUACUUCAUCAGCACCAAAAUUAGCAACACUACCAAAAUCUAAAGUUGAUAACAAAAAUGAUUAUGGGUUAAAUGAUGUGUCUGCACGUGAUUCUUCUGAAGAUGAAUCUGGACCCAAAAAACCUGUUCCAAAUUGGGCAAAACGAGAAAAUAGAAAAGCUGUACUUGAACUUCAGUAUCAUAUUAAUACUAAAGAAAGAGACUUAUUCUUUGACUGUCCUAAAAGUAUGAGUCUUAAAGAAAUGUUCAAAGGUUGGAAUAUCCGUGAUAAACAACGUACAUCAAGUGCUGUUUGGAAUACACCUCCCCGUUAUAGUGAAUAUCUACGCAGAUAUUAAUUCACUUGUAUUAAUUGAGUAAGAUAAUGUUAUUUUUGUAAGAUUUUUUUUUUUAAUAAUUAAUAAUACUUUUAUUGUUUUUGUAAUUAUUAUUUGUAUUUAAAUUUAUUGGUUAAUACUUAUAACAUUGAAUUUUUUUCUAAUGUAUACAAUAUAAAUAUAAAUAAAAUAAUCUAAUUAUUUCUUUA